UCAUCCGAGAAUGUUGAUGAUGACAAAUACGUGGUGGGCUUGGACGAAGAUGUGAAAACGCUGCUUCGCAUAAUAGUUAAUGUUAUUAAAAGUUGGACUACUCUUAUCAAAGGGAUGGCUGGUAUUGGAAAGACAACUCUUGCCAGACUUAUAUACAACCAUCCAACCGUCGUUAAGGAAUUCGAGCUUCGUGCUUGGGUAUCUAAUUCUACUUACUUCACUAUGAAAGAGCUACUUAUCAAACUCAUACAACAGGUAGUUCCUCAGAAACUCCAUACGUCUUCGUUAUUGGAGAAUAUGGGCAACCGAAGCCUCCGAGAUAUGCUUUGCCAACACCUGCGAGGGAAGCGAUAUCUUAUAGUUCUCGACGACAUUCCCAAACAAAUACGCUUGUUUCAUUUCUUGGAAGCUCUUCGAAAAGGGAAUAAAGGAAAAAGAGGCAGAUUGCUGCUCACAAGUCACAUAACGCAUACAGACAUAUAUGAACCAAAAUUAGCUCUUCAUCAGAUGAAAACUUUGGAUCCUGAGAAGAGCUGGCAAUUGUUUUUGAAAACAAUAAACCAUGGGAAUAGAUUGACAGGUAAGCACAAAUUCCCAAAGUCCUUGGAGCCUAUGGGAAAACAAAUGUUGAGAAAAUGUGGCGAUCCGCCAUUAGCUAUAAAAGCGGUGGGAAAGCAGUUAGCGGAAAAGAAACUCUCAUGAGGGAGUGAAUGGGAACAACUUCUUGAAUCAGUUGAUUUUGAUCCAAUAUUGAAGUUAUUGGAACCAUUUUAUCGUAAAUGGAAUCCCAAACUGGAGUCAUUCUUCAUGUUUAUGUCCUUCUUUAAGGAAAAUACAACUUUGAGGAAAGAAAAGUUGGUACAAAUUUGGGUUGCAGUAGGAGAAGUGAAACAUGAAUAUCAAUGUAAAUCCUAUGUACGUGAGUUAAUUAAUGAAUCUGUUAUUGAUGUCAAGGAGAAGAGCACGGGGUAUAGCAUGAAUUCUAUGCUACACAUGCUAUCCAUCCAGAAAGCAAAGGAGAAACUUGGUUUUGAGAUCCUAAGGAACAAUGGAAAUAAUCAACCCUCUGAGAGUCCUCGUCAUCAUCGUGUCAUCAUUUGUAGCAGAGACAAGUUCAACCACUCGACGGAUCAAGAUAAACAUCUUGAUUCUCUCUUCUUCCACGGAGGUGGCUACUUGGACACUAGUCCAUCCUACUGGAAGAGCUUUAAACAACGACUUAGGAUACUUGACUUGGAAGAUUUUGGGCUGAAGAAUUUACCGGAAAGUAUUGGCACAUUGAUUAAAUUAAGAUACUUGGGGUUGAGAAAUAAUUACAUACAAGAGCUACCGCAGUGGUUGGGGUGCUUCAAAAAGCUUCAGGCUCUCGACAUAGCUCAAAACUUUAUGGUGGAGGUGCCAGAUAUUGUAUGGGAACUGCGCCGCCUUCGCCACCUCUACUUGUCUGAUGUGAUUUUCCGGACGCCUUUCAAGAUAGACGUGCUACAGUCUCUGGAGACCUUAACCUACGUCUUGGUUGAUAAUUGUGAGCUGUUGGGCUUUGGAAAGUUUAUUAGUCUUAAGAAAUUGGGCAUAGAAGAAUUGUAUGGAAACUCAGAUGUAAGCAAGCUCUUUGUGUCAUUGGCUGUGUUGGAGAAUCUUAAACACCUAAGCUUAAGAGGGUAUCGUUUCAGAAGCAUGCCUUGUUUGGAUGAAGUUGGUAUUCUACACAGACUCAAAAGACUCAAAUUGGAUGGACUCCUUGCAAGGUUACCAAGUAAUCUCCCUCCAAAUAUUAAAUCAUUGAGGUUGGUUAAUAGUUGUCUUGAUGAAGACCCCAUGCCACUACUAGAGAAGCUACCUAAGCUAAAACACCUCAAAUUGCGGAAUGCAUUCACUGGUCAACAAAUGGUGAUCUUGCACGACAGCUUCCUUCUUCUCAAAGUCUUGUGCAUCGAAGAGUUAUGGAAUCUGAGAAAUGUACAAUGUGGAAAAGGUGCAAUGAAUUUGCUCAAGAGAUUAGAAAUCCACGAUUGUCCACAUCUGGAUACCCUCCCGGCAGAGAUUGUGUCGAUGACUCGUCUGAAGGAGUUAAAGAUGGUGACAACCAAAAAUAUUGCAGCAAAGAUCAAGAAUUCAGACUUAACCUCUGAAAUAAGGAUCGUGAAUGUCAAUCCAUAAGCUAGCGCAAUUGUCUACAUUAUUGUUACGCACGUUUUGCUUGUUUGCAUUAAUUUGAAAAGUUUUUAUUUUCCCACUUGGUUGUUGUGUGUUUGUAAAUGACAUUUAGUUGCAAUAAUUGUGGUUUAUUCA